AUGAUCUGCCGAUCCACUGGGACGCUGGGAGUGGGCGUUGAGGCCGAUUCUGUCGUGAGUGAUGAUCUCAGAAUGGGAGGCAAAGCUAACGACGAAGAGGUGCUGGGUCCCAAAGGUGUAGCAGACCCCGAAGAUGCAGUAGAACCCAAAGUGGAAGUGGACCCCAAGAUUGUAGUUGACUCAGAAGCCGUCGUGGACCCAAAAGCUGUUGUUGACCCCGAAGGUGUUGCUCUUGAGCCACCUAUUGAAGAAAGUGAUGUAACAAGGGUGCGAAGGGUUGAAGGUGCCAAAGUAGAUCCGUUGGCGGAAGAAAUUGAGUUGACAGACAAGUCGGUUGGAGAUGGACUGGCAGGGCCAAUUGUCAUGGGCUCCAGAUAG